UCAGACCUUCAAAUAUAGGAACUCAAGGCAUUCGCUCUCUUAACUCACAUUGUUUUAUAAUAUUUUAGUUAAACCAUUAAACAAACGGUGAUAUUAACAAAACAAGUAAUAAACGCAAUAAGCGUCACACAAGCGUCACAAAUGUGGCUACAGAUUCAGAAUCAUGAAUCAGAAACGCUAUAAUCAAAUGCGUUCCAUAAAUCGCAACCAGGAUCAUGGCCUGCAGCAAAUCCUGCAACCUUCAGCUGCGGGUCAGUUGCCACCAGGACAAAGUGGCAAUCAAGGACAACAGACUGUGCGCCGCAAGAUGACCUACACACGAACAGAGUUACUAUGCCGAGGAUUGCCCACAACUCAAGCUCCUCGUCGCUCGCCGCGUAAUCGUGGUACUUAUGCCCAAGGAAACACUAUCCAAACAUCGAUUGCACCACACACACCACUCUCAGCUGGUCAUGGCAAUGCCACAUCCACAAAACAACGCAGCAAUUUGCCACGUGUAACCAGACUACAAUCACCGAAUCGAAAUCUCACUCGAAUGCGUACGGAAAUGGAUAUCAAACCGGAGCCUCUACAGAUGAAGAAGACACCUCGUAACCCCAACACGCCACAAGUAAGUCACUGUAGUAUUCCUAUGCCAAUUCCCGGUGGAGGACAUCGGAACAUUCGUGUUGAGGGUAGUGGUAUACCUAUAUUGGAUAGAUCCCGGAAUCGGGAAUGUAAUCUUAAGCAGCGAGAAUGCGAUAAUAAGGAGCAAAUAGAAGUACUUGAAUUUAAUGAUACAAGUAGUCGAAGCAGCAGUCCUGUGAAUCUAUCGAGGAUGGGUAAACCCAUAUCACUGCCAGGUGAUCCACAAAACAAGAGCUUUGUGUAUCUAUGCAAGCCGGUGAAGAAGGUCAAGGAGUUGCUUACAGCACGUCAGUUGCGUCACAGUUGUGAGAAUCUGGAAAUGAUUGGAUUUGAAAAGUCAUUACCUCUUGAAAAGACCAAUUCCGAGGAGAUGCUGCACAGCAAGGCCCUGGAACAGGGUUUGGAACUAUCAUCAAUUACGGAGAUGAGUAUCACUCCGACCAGUUCGAUAGGCAGUCGUCUUCAGUUGCCCAAGCAGAAUCAGCAGAAACAUCUCGAGGAUAAUAAUCAGGAGCGAUUGAUUUAUCAGCUAAAUGAGUUGCGACAGCGUGAGCAUUACAUAUGCCAAAAGGAGCAGCGGGAAAAGGAAAUGAAUAUGGUUUGUCAGAAUUUACCAACUUUGCAGCAUGAAAUCCGUUUGCUGCAGGAACUCAAUGUGAAGCUGGAGAGUACACUCCGAGGAUCGAAUGCGGUGAAUCAGAGAAGCAACAAUAUGUUCUCCUAUGACAUAGAUCGUCAAUCCUCGACUACCUACUAUACACCACGUUGUGGUCCCAUGCUGUUUGUGGAGAUGCCUCUACUCCAGGUGGGAUUUCUACAUAUAGAGCAAAGGGCCAAGAUCAUUCAAAGGGUUAAUGUUGUGGCAUUUGCACAUAGUUUGGCUGUGGUCCGGGAAUUUCGCAUUGAGACCAAGACCCUCAAUGAGCUGAAGGCCAGCGAUGAAACGCAAUGUUUCUAUUUGCCACAACCCAAAGUGGAUCAUCAGCAAUCUCUAAUGAAUAUUAAUUCACCGGAGUGUAAUCCUCCCCCAUUGCAUUGUACCAAUUUACGAAUGAUUCGCGAGAAUCCUAAUGUUUUAAUACAACAGCUACGUCGAGGAAGUGGUUCAUUUAAUCUCCUUGAUCAUGACAUAUUCAUGUUUAUCAAUAGUUUGGCCAAGAAAACGGAAGAGGAUUUCCUCUAUUCCAGCCUGGCAGUAGGUAUACCCUCCAAGGAGAACUCAGGGUAUCAUCAUCAGCAGCUUCAGACACUUCAAAAUCAAUUGCAGGAUGUGCCAAGUGGAUCCAAGCAGGUGAAUAGCACAACACAAACCGAGGAGGAGGAGGCUCCGGUACAAGAUCAGACACCACCUCUUGAUCCUCCUCAAACAAAUUUAAUUCCAACACAAACAAAACCGAAAAAGAAGUUGAAAAAGCCAAAGCAACAAGUGGUAACUACUAGAAAUUCAAGACUUAUCAAAAGAUCACCCAUUCAGAGCAAUGUGGAGCCCAAGGUACGAUUGAAGCUAUUCAAGACCGUGCUGGUGGGACUCGUACAAGUUGCUGUAUUUCUAGUCCUCAUCAUGGCCUUUAUGUAUCCGGAUGCAAGUUGUUCAAUGACCACAAAAAGCCAACAGAUCAAAUAAAACCAAAUACAAAAAAAAAAAACAAAAACCAAAGAGGCGCUAAAAAAUCAAAAUUUAUACGAAAAUGCAAGGAUUAUCGGCUGGGAUCGGAUCUGCAAUUUCCUAUUUCCAAUUUCCUAUCUACAUAUAUCCAGGUGAAAGUCCGAUCCCCAUGCCUCGCUCUAAGAAUAUAUCAAAAAUAAUAUAUCGCCAAUUUGGUUUGAGUUAACACUUGGUUUUUUCAAAGCAUUCGUUUCUUCGUUUAAUUCAAAUAAAAUUUCAUGUGUUAUAUAUGAA